AAAUUUUAGCAUAUAAUUAAAAUAAGAAAAUAUGCAUAUUACAAUCGCUUUUUGUACUUUUUUGAAAAUUAAGGAAUCUUUUAAAAAGAUUCGAAGAGAACGAAAUUACGACAAAAAUGAACUCAAAGUUUGUUAAACAGGUUAAAAGUGAUAUUCAGUUGUACAAAUAUCACAUGUGUCAUAAAAUAUCAAAAUAUUUCAAGUUCAUUUAAAAAUUUUAGAAAUGGGUAAUUUGCUUACUUAUCCAUUCCCAUAUCUCUAUAAAAAGAAACAAGAAUGGCAAGAAGAAAAGUAUCAAUCAAUCAAAAAUAUUUUUACACUAGAUGUCAAAAAAAUAAAAGAAAUUUGGUCGAUUGUAGAGAAGGAUAGCAUGUAUUAUGGGUUUGCACUAUGCACUAUGAUUUUUAAAACUCAUCCAGAAUACGUGAAAUACUUCGAAGAUGAAUCACUUCCAUAUUUCGUUCAAGAAGCUAAACUUAAAAAGAAAUUUAAUAGCAUAUGCGAAAUGUUGUGUACUUUAUUCUUAAAUUAUGAUAAUAAAUCAAUGAAAAAUGAUUUUUUUGGCUACAUUGCUAUGGUUCAUAAAGAUAUGGGAUUAACAGUUUUUGAUUUCGAAGUUUGUUAAUUUUUAUGUGUAAACGCAAUAAAAAAA